AUGCUGAAGCAGAAAGGGCACAACAGAUUGCACAAGCUGCUGCUGAAAGACUUCAAGAACGCACAGGUUACUGCACUAGCAUUAGUGGGUUCUGCCACCGACUUGAUGCAGACUCUGGACUUACCUGAUGAGAGCAUGGACUUGUGGGUGAAAGCUGCCCCUUCAAGCACUUCAGGUUCUUCGGCGACUACUGUGAAAGGUUUUGUUGCUUUGCCUCCUCCAAGUGCAGUCGCAGUGGCAGGGGCAAGUUUGAUGGAUGACAAGAAGGCACCGUCAGCUAAUCCCCAUCCUCAAAACGCAGUGGCACGGGCAGGAGCAAGUCUGAUGGAUGAGAAGAAGGCACCCUCGGUCAAUCUGUCUCCUCCUAGUGCAGUGGCAGCGGCUGAGGCAUCUUUGACAGAUGAGAAGCUGGAAGAAGACAAUGCUGAGGCACUUAGAAGGGCACAGCUGUCCAUGCGUACGGAGCAGAAGGAGAAGGCAGAGAAGGCAAAGGAAGAAAAGAAAAAAAGCAAGGAGGACAAGGGUCAGAAGACAAAGACUGGUUCCAGACCAAAGGCAAAGGCAAAACCCAAGGGCCGACCUCGCAAAGGACCUGUCGAGGAAGAGGAGGCGCCUGCAAAAAAACGUAGAAAGAGGAAGUCAAAGAGGAAUCUUGAGGCACCGCAGGAUGAGGAACAUCAAGAUGCACCGCAGGCUGUGGAGGCUGAGCCACCUGCAAAGAAGCCAAAGAAAAAGAGGACCCGAGCUGCUUCUCGAGGCAAGCCAGCAGCUUGCACGGAGAAUGCCUUGGAUGAGGAAAAGGUGCAAAAGUUUUUGGAUCUUUGCCGCAAGUAUGAUGCAACAUCAUACAACAGAUCCACCGAUACCUUGCACAAGCACGAAGUCCACCCGAAGUUGGUUUUGGUCCCCUACUUCACUCGCCCCGCUUGUGGUGUGAAGAUCAAGUUGGCCGAUGGCACCGUCACCCAAAGGAUUUACAUGUCAGGCAAAUAUGACACUGUGGCUGUGAACAUCCAGCAGUGCAUCUACCUGGCAGAGGAGUUGGGCCAACAGGAUCCGGAGGCCUUUGUGGAGUGGUGUGCAUCGGCAGAUUGUCUCCAGAGAAGUGUGGAGCUGGAGCGCUGUGCCAUGGCGGCGAAGCAGCGCUUUUUUGAGGAGAAGCGGAGGAAGGCCAACCAUUGA